AUGGCGACGUAUCUGGAGUUCAUUCAGCAAAAUGAAGAGCGAGAUGGGGUGCGUUUCAGCUGGAACGUGUGGCCUUCCAGCAGGCUGGAGGCCACAAGAAUGGUCGUACCCUUGGCCUGUCUACUCACUCCCCUGAAGGAACGGCUAGACCUGCCUCCUGUACAAUAUGAACCAGUACUUUGCAGCAGGCCUACUUGCAAAGCAGUGCUCAACCCACUUUGUCAAGUUGAUUAUCGUGCCAAGCUCUGGGCCUGUAACUUCUGUUUUCAGAGAAACCAGUUCCCUCCAGCAUACGCAGGCAUAUCCGAAGUGAAUCAGCCAGCAGAACUUAUGCCUCAGUUUUCCACAAUCGAAUACAUAGUGCAGAGAGGGUCUCCGACCCCACUGAUCUUCCUUUAUGUUGUUGACACGUGUUUGGAAGAGGAAGAUUUGCAAGCAUUGAAGGAAUCCCUGCAGAUGUCGUUGAGUCUGCUGCCUCCAGAUGCAUUGGUGGGGCUGAUCACAUUUGGCAGAAUGGUCCAGGUUCAUGAACUGAGCUGUGAAGGAAUCUCCAAAAGCUAUGUUUUCAGAGGGACCAAGGACCUGACAGCGAAGCAAAUACAGGAUAUGCUGGGUCUUAAGGCAAGACCUCUGCAAACACAGGAACAACCACUUAUUUCUAGCAGGUUCCUGCAGCCUGUACACAAGAUUGACAUGAACCUGACAGAUCUUCUUGGGGAAUUGCAAAGGGACCCGUGGCCAGUGACUCAGGGAAAACGACCCUUGCGAUCAACUGGAGUAGCUUUGUCAAUCGCUGUUGGUUUAUUGGAGGGCACAUUUCCAAACACGGGGGCCAGAGUCAUGUUGUUUACAGGUGGACCACCGACACAAGGUCCCGGCAUGGUGGUAGGAGAUGAACUGAAAACACCAAUUCGUUCCUGGCAUGACAUAGAGAAGGACAAUGCACGGUUCAUGAAAAAGGCCACAAAGCACUACGAGGUUCUCGCUAACCGCACGGCAGCCAAUGGUCACUGCAUUGAUAUCUAUGCCUGUGCUCUGGAUCAGACUGGCCUUCUGGAGAUGAAGUGUUGUGCAAACCUCACUGGGGGUCACAUGGUGAUGGGAGACUCCUUCAACACUUCUCUCUUCAAGCAGACGUUCCAGCGGGUGUUUAGCAAAGACUUCAACGGACAGUUCCGAAUGGCAUUUGGUGCUACCUUAGAAGUGAAGACUUCUAGGGAGUUGAAGAUCUCAGGGGCUAUUGGACCGUGUGUAUCCCUAAACGCGAAAGGGCCAUGUGUUUCUGAAAGUGAACUUGGUAUUGGAGGUACAUGCCAGUGGAAAAUCUGUAGCCUGGAUCCCAGCUCAACACUUGCCAUAUAUUUUGAAGUGGUGAAUCAGCACAAUGCACCAAUACCUCAGGGCGGUCGAGGCGCCGUGCAGUUUGUCUCUCAGUAUCAGCAUUCCAGUACACAGAGACGUAUUCGAGUAACCACCAUUGCCAGAAAUUGGGCAGAUGCACAGAGUCAGCUCCAACAUAUAGAAGCGGCGUUCGACCAGGAAGCAGCUGCCGUGCUAAUGGCUCGUCUGGGAGUCUAUAGAGCUGAGUCAGAGGAGGGACCUGAUGUACUGCGAUGGCUAGACAGGCAGCUAAUCAGAUUGUGUCAGAAGUUUGGACAGUAUAACAAGGAUGACCCGAAUUCCUUCAGACUGUCAGAUUCAUUUUCUCUGUAUCCCCAGUUUAUGUUCCACUUGCGACGCUCUCCAUUUCUGCAAGUGUUUAAUAACAGCCCGGAUGAAUCUUCCUAUUACCGCCAUCACUUUGCCAGACAAGAUCUGACUCAAUCCCUCAUCAUGAUCCAGCCUAUCCUUUAUUCCUAUUCUUUCUCUGGACCGCCUGAGCCUGUGCUUUUGGACAGCAGCAGCAUUCUUGCUGACAGAAUUCUGCUGAUGGAUACUUUCUUCCAGAUUGUAAUCUACCUUGGCGAGACGAUUGCGCAGUGGCAGAAAGCUGGCUACCAAGACAUGCCUGAAUAUGAAAACUUCAGGCAUUUACUGCAAGCCCCACUAGACGAUGCCCAGGAAAUAUUGCAGACUAGGUUCCCAAUGCCGCGUUAUAUUAACACGGAACAUGGAAGCAGCCAGGCCCGGUUCCUCUUGUCUAAAGUGAACCCCUCUCAGACUCACAAUAACCUUUAUGCAUGGGGACAGGAAUCGGGAUCUCCCAUUCUGACAGAUGACGUUAGUCUCCAGGUGUUCAUGGAUCAUCUGAAAAAGUUGGCGGUAUCAAGUGCAUCAUAACUUUGACAACAAGGAAGUGACAAAAAAGCAAAGAAUUAACAGGAUCAUGGUCACAAUUAACAAUGUGGAGAAACGUACUACAUUCCUUUCCCUCUGAGAUCAAGCCUUUUAAAUAUUACAUAAAAUGAAUAUUCAAGGGGAGUUUUGUACUUAGUUCUUUUAGAUUUUAAUUUAUUUGUAUCCUUUAUAUGUGCCCUCCGAUUAAUUUUUUCAUACUUCGCAGCUCAAGGAUCUUUUAGCUGAUAUAAAUGUCAAUACAUUUUUAGAUUAAUUUUAAUGGCCUGUAUGUAAAAAUAAUUAAACAGUAACUUGCCUUUCAGCAACUUCAUCAGAUACCAGGAGACUGUACUGAUGAAAAAUAUAAUUGGAGGAGGAGAUCAUUAAUAUUUAGUGCUGGACUGAACUAGUGUGUGCGUGCGUGCACACUGAGAGGUGGACUUCAUCACACAAUGGAGUACAAUAUAAACUUUUUUCCUUGUUCUGGAGAUCUCAGAAUGCUUCAUCUUGUUGCUUCAUCAUGUUAAGACUCAGAUUUACUCCUGUAAAAUAUAGGGUUAUGUUGAUCAAGAUCAUAAGGAUCUAUCUAAAUUUAUUAAUUUCCAGCUCUUUUGUUACCAUCUAAAUUGAGUUUUGCAUUUCUCUGUUCUCUUACUCUGAUAUACAGUAUUCUUAGUAAUUACAGGAAUUUAGUACUGGCUUUGUUGACUGUAACUCCUUUUUCAUAUAGAUCAAUAACAAACAUUUCUUGCCCAUAAUAUAGUAGAAUGUGGGGUUUUUUCCACACUUGUUAAUAUAUCAAAAUUCUCUGCAUUUUAUUUUCCUUCUUUAAAACCUCUGGGAUGAACCAAGAUUGAAUAAUGUUUUUAGAGCUAGAUUUCACAUCUCAAAUAUGUUGCUAGUUUUAAAAUGCUUUGGACAGCUACUCAUGCAUAAAAUCUAAUGUUAACACAUUCCACAUCCUUGAAAUGCAGUCUGAGAAGUGACUAUAAAAAAUGGCAGCAUGAAUUUGUAUGGUCUUUUAGUAGUUUCCAUGUCAUAUGUAUUAACAAGCCUCAGCAUUUCUAUUUUGCUGUACAUCUUCAAAGAAUUUAGGCAAUAAUUAAUGUUUGUAACAUUCCUGAGGUAUUCUCAAUGACUUCAAAACUAAACAAACCCAGGUAUUUUCAAUCUUUUCUCUUGGGUCUCA